CCAUCGCUUGUGAAUUGAGUGCUGCAGAUGUCUCCCAUCUGGCUUUUCGGAGUGCUGCUGCUUGGUGCGGCCCACGCUGCUGAAGUCUGCUAUGACAGGCUCGGGUGUUUUACAGAUAACAUCCCCUGGGCUGGCACAGCAGAGAGACCAAUCGCCAAGCUGCCUUGGCCACCUGAGCGAAUCGACAUUCGUUUUAUGCUGUACACUCGUCAGAAUGCUCUCAGCUACCAGGAAAUCACACCAGUAGAUCCUUCCACAAUUUCGGCUUCAAACUACAAAGGUGGCAGAACAACACGCAUGAUCACCCACGGGUUCGUUGACAAAGGAGAUGAGAACUGGCUUAAGGACAUGUGUAAGAUGAUGCUCCAGGUGGAGGAUAUUAACUGCAUUUGCAUCGACUGGAAGGGAGGCUCGAGGACUUUAUACACCCAGUCAGCUCAGAACAUCCGGGUGAUCGGGGCUGAAAUCGCCUACCUGAUCAAGUUGCUAAUGAAUGAUUACAACCAGAAGCCUGCAGAUUUCCAUUUUAUCGGUCACAGCUUAGGAGCGCACUGUGGCGGCGAGGUGGGCAGGAGAAUCAAAGGGCUGGGGAGGAUCACAGGCUUGGACCCAGCUGAGCCCUACUUCCAGGGCACCCCCAUCGAAGUUAGGCUGGACCCCAGCGACGCCAUCUUCGUUGAUGUCAUCCAUACAGAUUCAGCACCCAUGAUUCCCUACCUGGGAUUCGGAAUGUCCCAGGCAGUGGGCCACCUUGACUUCUAUCCAAAUGGAGGAGAGCAGAUGCCAGGCUGUGGAAAGAACGUCGCUUCUCAGAUUGUAGAUAUCGACGGCAUAUGGGAAGGAACCCGGGAUUUUGUGGCCUGCAAUCACCUGAGGUCUUACAAAUAUUACGCCGACAGCAUCUUGAACCCUGAUGGUUUCCUUGGUUACCGAUGUCCCACAGUGGAGGCCUUUGAAGCUGGGAACUGCUUUCCAUGUCCUACAAAAGGCUGUCCCAUGAUGGGUCACUACGCCCCACAAGUGCGGCCUGCAACCAACGCGGAGCAGUUCAAGUUUUUUCUGAAUACCGGGGAAGCCAGACCCUUUACACGCUGGCGCUACAAGGUGACCAUGACUUUAAUUGGAGACCGGGCUGUCAGGGGUCGCACCAAGGUGUCUUUGUAUGGAGUCAACGGGAACUCUCGGCAGCAUGAGCUGUUCAACACCACCUUGCGUCCAGGCUCCAUGUAUACUGGCUACAUUGAUUCUGAGGUUGAUAUUGGAGAUUUGUUGAAAGUGAAAUUCAUCUGGAACAACCAACAACUAAACCCUCUGCUGCCAAAGAUUGGAGUGAAGACACUGACAGUGCAAAGGGGCAAAGACAGACGAGAAUUUACCUUCUGUGGAAGUGGAGCAGUACGGGAGGACAUCCUGCAGACCCUGAACCCCUGCUAAAUGACAAAGUUAGGUUACUGAUGUCCAGGUGUCCGUAAUAAAAUCAUCCUGACAAGCACAUCA